AAGCUGUGGGGCGGGCCAGGGGCGGGCGCCCGCACUCAGGUCCCUCCGGAGCGGGUUCUCAGUUGCUGGCUGGGCAGACCCAGGUCGCAUUCCUGCUGCGGAGCCGGAGCCGGCGAGAUGCUCUCCAGAGCUGCCUGGAGCUUGAUGCUGAAGAAAAGUGGACAUGGAAGACGAGAGAUGCACAGCCCAGAAGCCCCCGCCCGUGGUGAGGGGAAGAUGCCCCCCUAUGCCAACUGGUAUGCCGAGCGCUCCUACCCCAUGCCAGAAGAGCCCUUCUGCUCAGAUCUCAAUGCUGAGCAGCAGGCCCUGAAGGAGAAGGAGAAGGGAAGCUGGACCCAGCUGAGCCAUGCCGAAAAGGUGGCCCUGUACCGGCUCCAGUACCAUCAGACCUUUGCGGAGAUGAACCGUCGCUCCAAUGAAUGGAAGACAGUGAUGGGCUGUGUCUUCUUCUUCUGUGGAUUCACAGCUGUGCUGAUUUGGUGGCAGCGGGUCUACGUAUAUCCUCCAAAGCCCAUCACCUUGACGGACGAGUGGAAAGCCCAGCAGCUGCAGCGCAUGCUGGACAUGAAGGUCAAUCCUGUGCACGGCCUGGCCUCCCACUGGGACUAUGAGAAGAAGGAGUGGAAGAAGUGACUUGCAUCCCCAGCUGUCUCCCAGUGGCUCCACCCUGGCUGGGAGCCUCUGGCGGCCCCUCAUCUCCCCUCCCUUGCCCUUAACCCAAUAAAGCUGGUUUGUUCUUUUCUGCCUCUAA